GAAACCGACAGCGGGCAUUGCGGAAGGCGUACGCACCCGAGAAACGUUCAUCAGGCGAUCGUGACCAAGCCGAGACAAAACGUAGUCCACGUCGAAAUCAACGGCUGCGCUUUCAGCGAUAAUUCAGCAGCAGCUGACGUGCAUCGCAGCACGUCAAGAAGAGGAGAAGAAGCAAUAUUUGUUCUUUCUUCCACGAUGCGAGUUCUUAACCUUGGCUGGCGUUCGUUUUAGCCGAAUCGAGUCCGCUAGCUCAGUGAAAGCGACAGAAGUUGGCGCUUUGGAAACUUUGUGAGCCGUUAAGCUAAGUCUUGCCGUCCGUGAGUGGCAAUGCCGCGAUGGGGAAAUGCCGUGCCACCUGGUUCAAGAAAGUUCAGGGACCUUGGUGAAGCUGGCGCGGCGAUGCUGGUACCGAUGCGUACUACCGAUGACACCGAGCGAAUCGCUGUUCCACGUUCAGUGCAGCCGCCAUUGAAGAAGUCGCGUCCAAGCACGCUACACUUCGAUGGUUACGGUGCUGAUUACAACGAUCGGACUUUCACGCAAGACCGAUCUAGGACUUGGAAUCCGCUUCGGCGGCAAUCCGCGCCGAAAGAGUCGUGCCUCGAUGGCGACAUUUUCAGUGCUUCGAGUGGACACUACUACAGUUGGGCUGCGCCUCGAACUCCAGGUGAAACUUGUUCCACGCUUUCCCUUGGCAGAGAUUGCACAAUCGCUCCUAUUGAUGCUGACGCCUAUUAUGGAAGCAAAGUGACUCGCAGUGACCCUGAACAUUUAUCUCUAAGCAACGAUUACUUCGCUCAAUACGAAGCUCCCGACUCCGAAGCUUUGAUCGCGAACGAUUUCGUCGACGAAGGCCAUUGCGACACUAAUAGCCAAUCCUAUCCAACUUCAAUCGGCCUGGACCAUGAUGGCAGAAACGGCAAGAACGAUGCCAGCUGCUUUGACUCGUACACUUCCCUUUACGAUUGUAGUAGCCAAUUGAUGGAACAGAGUUUGAGCAGCCGUUGUGAUAACGACAGUCACAUCACCCUAGCUCAUCCGCUGUCCGUGUAUCAGAACAGUGUUGACGGCGAGACCUCUUCCGAAAACCAAUUCUGGUACCCUCGUAGCUCCGAAGGGAGUGACUCUUGCCGUGUGCGAAAUUUUGAAAACACAAGCGGUGCUAUUAAGUCAGAGACUCUCUAUUCAAGCAGCAACAACACUCACUCAACGACAGAAGACUGUAAUGAACAACACGGUGUUUGUGCAAACGCGUCAAUGAGCGUUGGUAGUGCCGCAGCAGACGAAAACUCCUUUUCGUACGCCAACGGCGCUCAAACCUCAGCAUUAUUCGUUCCCUUGGCCCAACACACAAAUGACACUCCAGACAGCAGCGCCGGAAGCCACAUGUAUGUCCCAAACGGCUUUGUGUUAAGCUCUUUAGGUAGCUAUAAUUCCAGUGCAUAUGGUGGGAAAGUCCCCUCUAACAACGGUGGCUCUUGCACGCAAUUAUACCCUUCGUGUGGUCCGGUCUUUUAUUUCGUCCCAAACAACCUCGGCACAUUCAAGCCCACGGCACAUGUCUCAGAUACUAAUGCCACAAACGUAGAGAGAAGCAAUCACAUUGCCUGCGGUGGAUUCUACCAAAAAACUACUGACCAAUCGCCCUCCACAUUGACUGGACAAUAUGUCGAUGGCACCGUUGAAACGAAUCAGUAUAAUCAAUGCAUUGCGUCAUACGAUGCGUCGCGUACGGUCACAGAGGAAUGUUCUGCCAGUGUGUUCUUGACUAAUAUUUCUGGUGCGGACUCUUUCGAGCGAAGCUAUAGUGACCGAAGCGCUGCAGACUUCAAUAAGCACAUCCAUAUGCCUGUUAACAAUCAGCUCAACAAUUAUCAAACUGUCCAGUGUUCUAGUGACAUGGCCUACGGUGCAAACGGCUUUUGUGUAAUGGUCCCUGAUAGUUCUCCCCAUGGCGCUACAGUCUACCGCGAACCCAAUCAGUUAUCCGUGAGCGACGAGUCAACCAAUAUGGGUGUCUACAAGUGUCCUACAAACGCUCUCGUCCACACUACCGCUCCGGACUUCGCUCCCAAAACGGUCGAACGAGACAUCCACUUUGUCCAGCAGACAGAAGGAUACCAGGGUGACACGCAGUUAUCCACCGGCGGACUAUCCGACUCUAAUACCUUUGCGUGUUCCAAUGCGCCCGUCGUCUGCAACACAUACGUUUUUCCUGGAACGGCCCACCAAAACGCCAACUUCUUUCAAGAGGGGGCAGGUUAUUACGACCAAGCGCAAGUGAGCGCGAGCAACCACAUGCGCUACGUCGAGUUGAACGGCGGCUCUGACGAAGUCUACGUGAGCGGUACAGAGUUUGUUCCUCAGAACAAAGAAACUCUCAGCUCCUCUCAGAGCACAGCCGUCGUCGCAGCCCCCGUCCUUGUCAACGGUUUCGGAGAAACCUCGGACUGCGACAAGGAAGCCUCUCCGGGAGGAGCCCAGCAGUGUGGCGACCACAACUCCGGACUCGCAGUGACCGCAGAGACCGGCGACGCCACGUCCGCGGCGAAAGAGGCGACAACGGAGUCCGGGAGCGAGCCCACGGACAUACCGUGGGAGAUCGGCCCGCAAGCGUGUCCGACCGGGUACUCGGCACAACUCAAGUCCCUCGCGACGCACGCUGCCAUCGCAGCCAGCAUGCCGCGUCGAGAAAAGCUCAAGUGGCCCCUGCCCAUCCCGCUGCUCAUGAGGCCGCGAGACAAGGAGCUCACGUUUCGCGACAUCGAGUACAACUUUCUGUGCCAGUGCGUCUUCUUCGCAGCCCAGGAGGAAGUGCAUGCCCAGACGCUCGACGAGAAGGGCUGGCUGAGAAUCUUCGCCAAGUCGCCCCGGUCCGCCCACAACUUGGUCCAGACGCAGUCCCUGGCUGGCAUUCUCGUGAAGUGCACCAUAGUAAACAGCUACACGGACAGCCUCGGCUUCGUGCGAAACGUGCCGCGCCGCUACACGAACACCGCGCUGUUCGAGAUGCUUCAAGACGAGGGCGUCAUCUGCGCCCAACGCCAGACCGGCUUCAUGCGCUACGAGAACGGCGCCAUCGGCGACGUGGCGACGGGAACGGUGCUGCUGACGUUCCUGCCCGACCGCCGGAUACCGCGGACUGUGAACAUCGGCCUUAUCUCUUUCGAGGCUCACUCUACCGUUGCAGUGCUACAACUGCCAGCGCUUCGGCCACUUGGCCAGGGAGUGCAAGCUGCCCAUAUCGUGCCGCCUGUGUGCCGGCACGCACAUGUACUUGCAGUGCACGUCGCGGGACAAGCCGCACUGCGUCAACUGCGGCGAGGCGCACCCGUCCACCUACUGGCGCUGCCCCAUGCGCCUCGCGCAGGCCUCCUCGGAACCGCGAAACUGGUGGCUCGAGGACUGCGUCAAGGAGUGCGCGGCGGGCGCUGCUGUGGCUCGUCCUCAAUAAAAGCUGCCAUCUGGGUGGACGUGCUUUUUUGAUCCAGUGCGUUGGACGGAAGCUUCUGGGGCGGAAAUGACGUCCGGAAAGAGAAGACUGACCACCGCCAUCUUAGAAAGAGUACCAAGAAACAUUACAGUGUUUCGAAAGGAAGGAAAGAGAAAAGCAGAAGGCGGGGAGGUUAACCAGGAUAACGUCCGGUUGGCUACCCUACACCGGGGGAAUGGGAAAUGGGAAAACAAAGAUGACAGGGAGAGAGAGGAGGGAAGGAAAGAAGGAAAUUAGCGGUGAGUUCGCUGACGCGUGUGGUCUAAUAGUAACUGCACUAAUAGUCACAGACGUUCCUACCAGCCCGUCAUCCUCAAGAAGCACAAAUGUGCCUUCACCGCCUUAUGGGCUGACGAGCGAUGGGAGCGGUACAGUGUUUGGAAAAAGAAAUAAAACAUUAUCAAUCACACAAAAAUAAAAAAGCAAACACCACGUAACAUUCCAAGACUGCCUAAACUAGGCACGCGGCCUGCCUGAAAAAAAAAAUGUAAAGAAACAAGGCGUGUUUGUCAUCCUUUUUGAUGGUUUGUGGGCUUUA